AAAAGAUCUUUUCAGUUUUGUUAAGUUAAACUGGCUUAAAGUUUUCAUAAUCAGUGAAAAAUGAUGUCUUCGCUUCGCUAGAAGGCAAAAUACUGUACUGGACACAGAAUGUUAAAGAAACAAACGAAAUGAUGGUUUAGAAUGUUAGCUGGAUGGUUUACAAGGAGACAUGAUUUUAACAAUCUUCGCUUCCACCUUAAUUUUUCUGUUGAUAAAGCAGUGCACGGCAGGUUGUGAUCCAGUUUGCCAAAAAGAGUGCAUUGAAGUCAUCAACAAAUAUCGUUUGAACCAUCACGCAAAGAAAGUCACGUUCUCCCAUUUUCUUGCUAAUAAGGCCCAGAAAUGGGCGGACGGUGGAAGAUUUGGAUACGAUAUGAAAUUCCGCGGGAAAUACGGGCAGCUGAUCGAAUGGGAUGUCAAGGAUGAGCUUCAGAACUUUACAACUGUGAUAAAACAUUGGCAUGACAAGGAGAGAGAUUUUGACUUUGGUUCAGGGAGAUCAAAGACGGGAAAAACUCUCCACGAUUUCACACAAAUCGUAUGGAAAAAAGCUAGGAAGGCCGGCUGCGGACAAAGCGAAAUCUUCGGCUCAAAAUAUUACGUAGUGUGGAUGGAUUCCGAUGGUGUUGUCAGUCCUAAUACGCAGACUAGUACAGCAAGUAUUGGAUUUCCGGAGAAGGAGGAUCUACACUGGUUUGAGCCCGCGAGACAAUCCUCUAAAUCCAACUCCACCUACCUGGUUUCUUUGAAAGCACAGGACGAAGAUUCCUCCGCUAGGACCCAUGUGGAACCUUUAGCACCAGUAGCACUAAGUACAGGAAAGACUCGAAGUGAACAAAGUAAACCAACUAGUUUCCGUGAUUUAAAUGAAGUACGAGAGGAACAAAGAGUUUUAAACAACAAUGCUCUGCUGAAACAAUACCUGUAUAAUGAUAGCCUUAACAACGUUGUGCUAGACGAAAACAAAGAAACAGCCAGUUACCACGUAGUGUCUGGAGCUGAGGAGAAUGCUAACUGGCAGAAAGGUGCAGAAACCCUCAUACAGCUGGGUAGGGAUAAGGCCAACACAAACCAAAUGUCACCCAAUAACGCAGUAUCGUCCUAUCCAGUUGGGGAAGAGGAUGAGGAAGAUAGAAAAGACGCGACGAGGUUCCAGUCGCAGGUGAUUCAGGACGACGACAUGUUGACAAAGGAUGAAGUCGAUGACCAUGCAACUCUUCCUUCGGAGGGAAACGACGGCGAGGAGCUUAGUGAAGGUGACGAGAGGGAACAGGCCGCUAACAUCCAGUCUCUGAUGAAACAGGAAGAUGACAUGAUUCAGAAUCAUGAAGCGGAAGAAGACGAAGAAUCUUCAGGAAGUAACAUGUCUGAAGGUGCGCCAUCUGCAACUUUAAAUGGACCAAUUAUCGGACUGUCAAAUGACAUAACAAAGAACUCUUCACAACUCUUUGCAAAUUCAAAUCAAUCUCUCGCGAGUACUACCAGCACUGAAAAGCAGCAACGAAAAAAGCCUGAUUCAUUUUAUGCAACAGGCAUAGCACUCAGUAACAAUCCAAAUGAUACAAGAAAAUUCAUUGCAAUAAACGGUUCAUCUGAAGAUAUAUCGAGUUCUUCUCUUCCUGGCAAUGGAGUGAACAAUCAGUCACCGUUGAACAUUCACCAAGGAAUUGAUGAACAGAAAGAAGAUAAACCAACUGAAGAUAUGGAAAAAUCAACUAAUUCACCGUCGCAAAGCGAACAAAUGGCAAAUCAAAUUAUCACAAUCCAACAAUUAGACUCAACAGGUAGCGUAGUUGCAACAGACUUGAACAACACAAGCUUUCACGAUGGAAUGAUAGGUGAAAACCUGAAUUCCAGUUCAACGGCAUUGAGUUCUCAAAAUGCAGCAAAGCCUAGUCAGCAAGAGAUUGACAGAACAGCUAUGAUGCCAAAUUCACAGUCACGACUUACACUUACAGACAUGAUAGUGCCAGGAGCGUCUAUAACUCCUGAGUUGAAAACCCCACAUGUCUCUCAGUUGGAAGCUGCAAAUGUACAGUCACAGCAGUCCGAAUCACAAGCAUUGAAUAAACUUUCAGUCAAUGCUACUUCUGGAGGUCUAAAACAUGAAGAUUCGACUCUUGUAUCGAACGGCUUGUCGCCAAAUGGACAAGCAAUUGGGACGAAUGCUGCUAUUCAAUCCCCCAUUGGGAACACCAUCACAGCUAGCGAUUCUGCUACAGCUGAUGUGCAUCACGUGUCUUCACCAGCUCUGAUUACGUUGCCGAGUACUAGCAGUCGUCCCAUUAAGCUUGUUUUUCAUGUUAGUGACAUGAAAUCAAAAGGGACGUCAUCGAAUGCUCAGGUACCUGGGUCUCAGUCAACACUGGCCUCGACCGAUGAUAUGGCACAUAAAAUGAACGAUGAAGAAUGCCACGAUGACACUUUACAGUGCCGUCUGUGGGCUCACCAUGGACACUGCAAAGGUAUAGCGUACGCAGAGUUUAUGAAAAGACACUGCAAAGCUACCUGCGGAUAUUGCGGUCUUCCUUCCGUCAUCAAACAAAGUGCAAAUCAUAUGCAGACUCACAUUUUAUCCCGAGAUGAACCCUGCGAAGACGCACCUAGUUAUGAAUUUAGUUGUCCAAGAUGGCAGGCUCAAGGCUAUUGUGAAAAAAGACAAAAGGAAAUGCAAGUAGUCUGUAGAAAAACAUGCGGUUUCUGUGUUCCAGGGACAAGGAAAGCAAAGUCGAGGUAUUCUGCGACACUCCAACCUUCGCCGGAAACAUCGCAUGCUGGGCCAGAAUUAGACGAUAAGAACAACGAUGAAGUACAAGUUCCGAUGCUGUCAAAACCAUUUACAUCAACACUGCCGAUGCCUAAUCUAAGCUUCAAACUAAAUAAUCCAGCCAAAUUUAAUCCGUCUUGGGGCGUACAAACGAUUAACAUUUCACCAUUAAAACCAAAGGUGUCACUUCUACAGAACAUUCACAACCUUCCAACAUCGUCGAGUGUCAAGGUUUUCAAACCAUUUGGAGGGUCAAUAUUUAGUACAAACGCGGACCUCAACAGUGUAAAGAAUGCAACAAAAGCAAAUGGCUCAUCAACCCAAACUUUUGAUGGCGAAAGACCACUUGAUAACAAUGUGAGUUUGCCUACAAAGAACCAGGAUGAAAACCAAGGAGUUGCUAGCUCUAAGAAUCUCAACCAUACAAUACUUAAAUCAAGUGCUUUUACGAUUAUCAAAAAUAACAAAACUGCUUUACCAGGUCUUAAAGCACUCAGUUUCCAGGGCGUAACCAAAAAUAUCAACAACUUUAUAAAAGCACCAAUUCAAAAUGUUGCGACUUCUUUAAGUGCAUCAAGCCCUCAAUUGGCCGCAUAUUCUAACAACGAGAAGGUCGCGAGCCAAAAACUCGUUUCAGAAGAAGACAAAAUGAUUCAGGAUGGUAUAACCGCUCUACAACACAGACUGCAAGUUCCUUUACAGAUAAGUGCCGUGGCAAAAAGUAGCGCAGGAUGCAAAGAACGACUCUGCAAAGAAAAGGUCAAAACACAACAAGCAAAAACUAGAGAGACCAUAAGCAACCAAGUGCUUGAUAUUUCCUCUGCGAGCAACGCUGCACAAAAGCCUGUAUCAACAACUGGUUGCGACACUUCAUGUCAGCGGGAAUGUCUGGCGGCUCAUAACAGGUACCGUUUGAAUCACGGCGCAUCGCCCCUACUACUGGACCAGGAAUUAGCAGACCAGGCACAGCGGUGGGCGGAUAAGAAAGUGUUUAAACAUUCUCCCUGGGCAGGUGGGCAGGGUGGGGAGUCAAUUGCGCUCGGUAGCCUUUACCCGACGUUCACUGCGGCCGUAAAAGCCUGGCAUGACGAGGAGAGAGAUUAUGAUUGGUCAACUGGCACUGGCAAUGGAGACAUGAAGGUCAAUCACUUCACUCAGGUGGUUUGGAAGGGCGCACAUUUGCUCGGUUGCGGCAAAACUUUUAUCAAUGGAGAACCAUAUUACAUUGCACAAAUGGAUACACCAGGAGUCAUAGCGGGUGUACCAGGUUAUGACAAGUCCAACGUGGGUGAACCAAAAGAGCCGGAUCUGAUGUGGUUCAUGGACAGUUCGCCAUAUUGGAAAGAGAUGCAGACUAAGAACUUCAUUCCUCAGAACAUCGAACAUCGAAUACUCUGAUCCAAAACCUGAAU